AUGGCUCGUCUUCCACUCACUCUUAUCAAAAUCGAAGACUUAGCCUGGAACGAAUCUUCAAAUCUCGCUCAGCAUUUCGUGAGGGGUCAAGAGAAGAUGAUGGGCUCUUUUCUCUUAAAGGAAAAGAAUGGAGUAUUCAGGAAAGUUUUGAUGGGAUCAGCAAUAUUUGGUCUUGGAUUCUACACUCAUGAUGCUUUAACACCUUAUCCAAAAUCAUUAAGGGAAAAAGCCAAACAGUGCUUGGCUAAAGCCAAGUCUUUAGCGGAGGAACGUAGGGCAGAACUGAAUGAAAUGAAGAGAAUUGAAAAGAAGGCGGACCGAGUUGUGCAGAGCGUUAAGACUGAAAUAGCUAAGCUGGAAAUAGCUAAGAUGCGGGAGGAAUUUAAAAGAGAGAAGAUGAUGGAGGAACUUAAGAAGGCUAAGAUGAUGGAGGAACUUAGAAAAGCCCAAGGACGAUCUACUGUUGGAACGUGUUGUGAAUCGCAGGAAGAAUCUGUGUGGAGUUUCAUUUGA